CUAUUUCCUAUGUUGGUUGUUUUAAUAUGACGGCCACCCCUUUUCUUAUUUUUGUUGGUCAUACCUCAAAAGCACUAACUCCAAGAAAGGGUGAGCGCAAAGGAGGCAGGCACAUAUGGUCAGAUUAGCAAGGAGAGAGGGGCUGGAAUCCGUUACGUGCAUCUGGAUCCAAAAACCACUGGCCUCGGAGCAACAACUAAAUCAGAAACAACAUAGAAUGUUCUGGAGUAACAAAUCAAAGCAGCGCCUUUUCUAAAGGCAGCAAGACGAAAAGGAGUGGGAAGAACAUCCAUUUCUCAAGAAACCUUUCAACACAGCAGGACUAUUGUUACGGAUUCAAAUCCCAAGGAUCGCUGUUUUGUGUGUGUGUGCGUGUGUAUGUGUGUAUGUGUGCAUGUGUGCGUGUGCGUGUGUGUGUGGCACGGGGGUCUUUUCAGGCAACGCAUUGAAUGCAAUGUAUUCUGUGGCAGAGCUGCAGAAUAACUGAACAAAAUUUCUUAUUGAAACUGCAAUAGAUUCCGUGCUUCAUUAGUUUACACGAGAGUGCAAACAAUGUCACACAGAGAGCUUUUUUUCCUUUUGUUAUGCGUCUGUCUAAGUGUGAGUUUUGUCAAGAGCCAAGGUUCCGCCCAGGAUGCCUUUAUACUACAGUACCUGGAGAGGAGACUGACUCAGAUAGAGGAACGUCUGAGUCAAUGUGAGCAAAACACCGUGACCAUAACCCAGAAGACCUACGAUGUUUCUUCAGAAAUGAGAGGUCAUCUGUCCACCUUGAAUGUUAUGAGAUCAGAGGUGAGGAGCCAGCUGGAGAGCAUCUCUGCGCGUGUCGAGCGUGUGGAGAGAGAGCUGGAAUAUCUCGAAAACAAGAUGCCCGCCCAAUCUGACAUUGAGAUGGAGGAGGCACUGCUGGAACAACAGAUAAAAGCAGCAGAACUGGAUCAGCUCAAGAGAAAGGCUAAAAUCAAAGUGGAAAAUGAUUGCAACGUAGCCUUGAGUCAAAUUAAGUCGCUCAAAAUGGUGAAGAAGAUGGGGGAUAACGCGGGCUCCUGGUUCAAGGACCCUGCUGCUGGAGCAGCCAAGGUCUACCUGCUGAGUGGAAUUCGUAACGACACCCUACUGGAAUACGCAUCUCUCCAAAGCUUCUCGGAGAAAAUCGCCGUACCCCCGUUCAAAGUGGUCAGGCUGCCUUUUUCAUGGCAGGGAACAGGCCACUUGGUCUACAAUGGAUUCCUCUACUACCACAAAGCAGACACACCCAACCAGAUACUAAAAGUGUGUAAAUGAUAUCCCACCUCACAC